UUUGGCUGUGAGGGGAUACAACUUGUGGCAUUUGGUCUCGCGCCAUUUCUCCAGUGUUGCACAGGAGCCGACAUAUGUCGCUGUAGCUAGUACGCAUCCAGCAUCACGUGUUAACUUAGCUGCAAAAUCUAAACGCACGAAAGACCGUGUCGACGCGCCGCAAGCAACGCGAUGGAGACGGUGCAGCUGCCCGGGCGACCUGCACCCUGGCAUUUAGGCCAGGGAUACGGUCAUGGCGAGCGAAUCUUCGAUGUAUCUUUCCAUCCAUUGAACGAGGACAUUGUGGUCACGGCUUCGGAGGACACCAGCGUGCGCAUGUGGAAGCGCGCGGAGGGUUCCACCAUGUACAAGCAGGUCCGCGCCUACCUGGGUCACGGGGGCGAGGUGCUGCGGGCGGGCUGGUCCUCCAACGGCAUGUUGGUGGCGUCAGGCUCUGCGGACCGCACGGUGCGGCUGUGGGCGGCAGACCUGGACGAGCCUAGCUACACAGGUCGGCAGCUGGCGGUGCUGGACGGCCACCCCGAGGAGGUGUACCACGUGGAGUUGAUGGACCCGGGCCGGCCCGCGCCCAGGCACUGCGAGCGGCCGCAUCUGGGCGGCGGCGCCGGCGCAGGCGACGCAGGCUCGGUGCCGCUGCCGCCCUUCGAGACACACAUCCUGGCCGCCAGCUGUGAGAGCCUGUUCGUGUGGAGCCUGCAGCAGGGCGCGGUGCAGCAGCAGGCGGACGCGCCGGGCACCAGCGGCAGCACGGUCACGCAGGAGGCCAUCAUGGCCGGCGCCAAGCCCGCCUACAUCUUCGCGGUGAGCCGCCAGCCCGCCGGCAACCUGGUGGCGGCGGCCUGCUGCGACGGCGCAGUGCGGCUGUGGAGCCUGAGGGCCAGCGGGCAGCUGGACUGGGCGGGGCAGGUCGACCUGCCGGGCUCGCCCAUGUGCACCGGCUGCGCCUUCGCCGACGAUGGCUGGCGACUGGGUGUGGUGACGCGGGAGGGGCGGCUUGUGGAGCUGGACGUGCGCACCAUGGAGUUGCUGACCUCCUGCCAGCUGCCGUCAUCGCCACUCACCAUCGCAUACCUGCCGCGAACCGCGCCCGCGCCUGCCGCUGCCGGCGGUGCCCAGGGCUCGGGGGCUGGGGCGGAAGCGGGGGCGGCGGCGGCGGCGGGGGGUGCGGAGACGUGGCUUGUGGCGUGCCGUGACGGUGCCGUGUAUGGGUAUGCGCUGGACCAGCAAGCCGGCGGCCCCAGCUGUGUGCUGCUGGCGCCCACGGGCCGCGCCAACACGUCGCAGCUGGCGGUGGGCGUGGCGCGGGGCGGCGGCGCAGUGGCGCUGGUCGGCGAGCCGCAGGACACCGCGCACCUGCCACGCAUGCGCAAGGCCGCGCCGGCCGCACCCUCCGCACCAGCGGGUGCUCCGUCCACCGCGCCCGCAGCUGCCGCCUCCACCACCACCAGCGGGAGUGGCGGCGCCGGCGGGGGCGGCGCGGACGGCGCGGGGCGGCCAACGGUGGUGCCGCCGCCGCGGCGGCGUGGCGCGGGCGCGGGGCGGCGGGUGGCUGGCGGGCUGGGGGCGCAGGACCCGCUGGCGCUGUUUGAGCAGCCCGGUGCAGAAGAGCUGGCCGACGGCGUGGCGGGGGGCCUGGCCGCCAUGUCGUUGCGGGGCGGCGGCGGCGGCGGCGGCGCGGCGGGACCGGCGGCGGCGGCGGCGGCGGCGGCGGCCUCGGCAUCGCCCGCCGGGGGCGCGGCGGCGGCCGGCAAGGAGCCGCCGUCGAAGGCCACGGCGGCAGCGGGCGGUGCCGGCGGCAAGGGAGACGUGGACAUGGAGGGGGAGGCGGAGGAGGAGGCGGAGGAGGAGGAGGCAGCGAAGGCGGCGGCGGCUGGCGGCACGGGCGUCAUGUCCCAACCGGCGGACGGGGCGGCGGUGGCGGCUGGCAAGAUCCGGGCGCCGCUGCUCGUGUACCGGGCUGCCUGGUCCUGAGGGUUGUCGUAGCGUGUUAUCGUAUCGUCCAUGUCGGUUUUCCAGGUUUGCGGUUUGCACAUAACCUCUCACACAUGCAGCACAGCUCCAGCUGGGCUAUCACACGCGUCGGGGUGGCGUCGGCGUGGCGGGCGAUGACGGCAGUGGCGGUGGCGGGUCAAGGACGUGAUCCAUCGGGCGCGCAGCGGGGCAACGGCGCAGUGCAUGCAUCUGUGGCGCUGCGAUGGACUGAAGGGGGUCGGCCAAAGGAACCGUGCGAUCGGACGGUACGAUGUUGGGACGGUGGAUGAGGCACCGGAUGAUGCAGCGCAGCGGCGGCCCGGUUUCGCAACGUCUGCCUGGCAAGAAAACCUGGAAUGUAGACUCUGGAAGUGCGUUGCGGGGAAAUCCCUGUCAUGUGCGGCACGUGCAAGAGCAUGUGCGCACGACUGUACGGAGGUGAGCGUGACUGAACGAUGAAACAGACUUGGCCAACGGACACGGAGUGGCAGCGCGAGGUGCAUUAGAGGCGAAAAGUUGCUAGGAAGGCGAGCGGCGGAGUGGGACCGCGUGGCGGCGGAGGCACGGCGGUGCGGCGGAGACGUGGGUGGCGGCUGGAGAGGUGGCGAAACGCUUGAUGACUGGGCAAGGAUUGCGAGGGCGGUCUGCGCGUUGUCAUGGCUUUGAAGGUACCGGUACGGACGUGUUCGGUGAGCUUCAGUGUUUAUUUUACGAUUUUUACCGCUGCCAGCUGCCUCAGAGCCGACCGCAGCCGAGCCCCGCAGACCAGUGCAGCCCGCACCUGGAGCUAAUGCUGCUGUGUGAGGGAGGAAUGUCCAGAAAACGGCCAGAAUGGCUGAUUAUGUCUGGAGACACUAAGAUAGGAGCCAUGCAUCACGCAAGAAGUGCUGGCGCCUUGGUCUUGUGCCAUCCGGCCAUCCAAGCUCCGCCUCAGGGAUUGCGAAUCGUAUGCAACGGCCCCGUGAGCGUGAGGCUGUGCCGGGCAUAGACCCAUAGCGGUGGCGCUGCCACUAUAUUGACGCGUGCGGUUCUAUUUUAAGACACCGACAAGUUGCCGAGGUGGGGCGGUUGCGGGGUGGGCUGCAGGCUUCGCUGCUGUGGGCCGGGGCCACGCCGGGGCCGUGCAGCCCGCGCUCGGGCUGCCCGCGUGCCACCCGUCGGGCUCCAUGAGACCCGCGACUGUAAAGAGUACUUUAC